UCGAACUAUUCGCUUUUGCCAUUUUCUGUACUUGGUGUAAAAACAAAGUAAAUGCCGUCGACCUAAGUGCGUGUUAAGUGGUCACUGAAGACAUAUUUAUCAACAAGAUUACUUGAUUAGCCUGCUUUUGAAUCACUAACUUACAUAGCAGUACACAACACCGUACGAUCACAGCUCCCAACAUGAAUAUCAAAAUGCCGGAGUUUGAUGUGAAGAAGUUUGUUAAAGGAGCUGGUUCUACGCUCUCGCGAGUAGUACAGCUCACCGAAGAGAAACUUGGGACGUCGGAAAAAACCGAGAUGGAUGCGCGCUUCGAACAUUUAAGUGAACGGUCCGACUCGGCGAAGCUUUGGACGGAAAAGAUUAUGCGGGAUACGGAGGCUGCACUCAUCCCAAAUCCAGCCAAUCGAAUGGAAGAUUUCAUAUUUGAGAAGAUCGAAAAACAGAAACCAAAACGCCUGAGUAACCUGGAAUAUUUAGGAUUGGAUAUGAUUGAAGGUGGUGGUGAAUUUGGACAAGAUGGUCCGUACGGAAGUGCAUUGAUCAAGGUUGGGCAAGCAGAGCAGAAACUGGGUUCAUGCGAACGUGAUUUCAUUGGUUCUGCAGGAAUGUGUUUCAUUCAGCCGUUGAAAAAAUUCUUAGAAGGGGAAAUGAAAACUAUCACUAAAGAGAAAGGGGUACUAGAGAGUAAACGCUUGGAUUUGGAUGCAUGCAAAAAUCGGGUUCGCAAAGCACGUAGCAUGAUUGGCCAGCAAGCGAAGGAUGGGAUAUCGCCAGAAGUGACAUUAGAACAGGCCGAACGGGAUCUGCGAGUAGCACAAUCUGAGUUUGACCGGCAGGCGGAGAUUACGAAACUACUGCUUGAAGGCAUAAGUACCACACAAGCUACCCAUUUGCGCUACCUGCACUCGUUAGUUGAAGCCCAAGUGCGAUAUUACGGUCAGUGCAAUAAAAUAAUGUCGGAUUUGCAGCGCGAACUUGUUAGUCUUGGUGGCCCGCAGCCGUAUGUUCCGGUGUCUGGUUACGAGGAAGAUGAUGCACUUGCCGGGCGAAUAAACAACAUCGAACUGGGGGCUAAUUCAGGAUAUCGGCGGGCUCGCGUGCUUUGCUCAUAUGACGCCAAAGACGGCACCGAACUGAAUCUCACAUCGAACGAGGUUAUAUUUGUUUGCGAGUGUAACCCACCAAACAGUGAUUACAUGAAUGGAAAACAGGGGCUACUCAAAGGACUGGUACCGAAGGCAUUCCUCGAGAUGUUGGAUGAUGAUUAAAUUUAAUUUUCCGGUGAGAAAGUCGUUUUUAAUGGUUUGCUUGUCACUGGAAUUGAAGUAAUAAUUGCACGAUAUUUAGGGCUUAUGUUAGACAGGGGGAGCGUCAUAAUUCAUUGUUUGUUACUUGAUUGUAGGAUAAUAAUUCUCUUGCCACGUAUUUUGUCAUUAUCAAUUUGAUUAAUAGUUAAACCACUGCACGAACCCCCAGACGGGCUAAGCAUGUAGAUGAAGUAAGAAGGUUCUUAGUUGGACAGUUCGGUAUCAUAGAUUGAUUUCCAAUGUUCAUUGAUUAAUUUUUUACAUGUAAAGUUUGAAGUGCAGCGUUGCUGGUUCAUAAUCUCUGUAUGUCGUCCAACGAAUGAAGAAAUACGCUAUCUCUAAUGCAUAUUUUGCUUUAGCUAAUUUACCCACAAGGAAAAUAACGAAUCUAUAAACAAAACUGCGUAUAGUUUGCAGUUGAGCGCACUCUAUGUAAUAAUACUCAGUUAUUGCUGCUCAAUUUUUUUUACUAGAAAAUGAAUCAAUUUGUAAGUGUUUUGCACUUGUACUUGUGGUCAAUUAUUAGCAACCAUUACAUUACCCGUGAAAGAGGGCCAAUGUAACCAAAGCAUGAGGUUAGUCGUUUAUCAGAAUACGCUUUUCCUUCCCAUUAAAUACAUUCCCGUCACGAAUCUAAAACAAAACACAACAUAGUUCCAAGAUAGUUAAGAACAGCUGCGUUUUCAAGAAUAUAUAACGCGUUUGGCGCUAACGGAACCAAAAUUAAAAGACUUGAUUAAGGAUCAAAAUGGAAUCGGUUUGAUCAAUUGCUCUAGGAUCGUUAGUAUGAAAAUCGUAAAUUUACCAACUUGUUGUGCAUCGUUUGAAUUUUAAAAUACUCCUCUCCUAGAACAUGCUAACUAUUUCUUCCACCCUUACCAACGAUACCCGUUGUACGUAUAUAUUCGCUUCAUAAAUUAACAAUUACUCGAUAAUCUUAACAGAAGCUAAUUUAAAUAACUGUUGCUACAUGAGGUAAAACACAAUUUGCCAGGCCAGGUAAGGCCAGAGAGAUAAUAAAUAGUCAGAUCAUUCGUCGUUAAACCAUAAGCAAAGGUAAAAGACGUUGCAGAAUCACGUUUUGCGAAGAUCGAAAUGCGCUUUACAUUAUAAAACAUAGGAUAUAUGAAUAAAGUCAAUUUCGCGAUUGAUAUUAUUGUUGACAUACCUUUAUGGUAUACAUAUGCGUUUUUGUGGUGUGACAGCAACAUAAAAUCAACACCUUACAAAAGUUACUAAUUGAACAAUAAAAGGAGUUAUGCAUAACAUGAUUCGUUUGAAUAAAGACACGAGUGAACAAACAUAUUCUUACUUCUUUUCACAACAACUAUGUAACAAGAAAAAUUGAUUAUUUGAAAGCGAAAUUAUCCUUUCGGGUCACCGAU